AUGGUCUUUGACACUUUCAGGCAACUCGAUUUUCAAAGGUCUGUAAUCUCGCGGCGCUACAAGCAACCCUACAUAGACAAAAUGCUCGAUCAGGUGGACAAAUGGGAUGUGUGCCUCGUCGAUCGUUUUGUUUCCAACCCUGCUCCUCGAGGCCUCGGAAACAUCGAAGUGUCCCAUUCAACGGAAAAUAAACUUUCUAAUUCCAGCCUGGUUGGACAAAUAGAGUCUGCCGCAACGGGCUCCAGCCAACCUGCCCCACUCAAUUCACAGAGGCGAUCGGCUUCUGCAUCAUCUCCUCCACCGAAUAAGAAGUUUCGGUCGAUGCUGGAUGCAAAAUCUGUCGAAGAGCGUCUGGAAAAUGGAGAACGUGAAGCAUUUAUCGCUGCUAUUAGUCCGGAUGAGAAUCUACCGGCGGAAAUGAUUGGUAUCUCACUGGCUCGGAAGGAUAGAAAGGAAGAAAUAAAGCAAAUAGUCACUAAACGACGCCAGCUUCCUGAUGACUACGAGCCGGAGGAAGGUGAAAUUGAAGACGAUGACGAGGACUAUGAUAAUGAUUAUGAAGGUGAUGAAGAAUAUAUUGCAAGUGAAAUUGAUGAAGUCUGCAGUGACAGCGACGUGGCCGCAGGUGACCUGCGUUCUGGUAUUAGGAUGACCGAGUGUGAGGCUGACGACUCCAUGGAGCUCGAGACAGACUCCGAGUCGGAGCCUGGAGGCUCGACAACCAUUAAUCCGAGCCUUCCUAGUGGUACACUAGCAGACCUACUGCGCAUCGGGAGAGUACCUCGCUGUUAA